AUGUCGUAUACGGCACGCAGCCACCAUGCGAGGCCGAGAUAUUGCAGCUUCACCGUGCAUUUCAUCAAAGACGAGGAUGCCGGAAGUGUGGCCGUUCAGGCCAAAAGCGGCCAGACCCUUCUUGAGGUCGCGCAUGAGCACGACAUCGAUAUUGAGGGUGCUUGCGGUGGCGAGUGCGCGUGCAGCACCUGCCAUGUCAUCCUCGAAAAGGAGCAGUUCGACAAGCUGCCAGCGCCGGAUGAUGAUGAGGAAGCUUGUGGCAAGGCCAUGGAAGACUCGAAAUCACAAGCUCAGGUCGGCACUGUGAAUCCAAUCCUCCCGGUGAUUGCGGAGUUUGCUAAACGCGGCUGUGAUGUGCGGUACUACUUGACCAAGGACACAUAUGUCAAGGAUGUGAAAGCUGCCGGUGCUUCUCCAGUCAAGUUUGACGAUUAUUUUCUCCGAUGGGACGUGCUUAUGAAGGAAGAGGCUGAGUGGCUUGAGGCACAGGGCUGCGGGGAGGGCUUGGCAGCAUUGACGGCCGAUGGCAUGGCCCUGGAAUUCCUCCAGAUGCGGAUGCUGCACUUCUCCCUGCCGGCAGGUGUCUGCCUGGGCAAUCGACUGGUGGACUUGUGGACUCGGGAGGAUUGGCGCCCGGACUUUGUGCUGUACAACGUGAUGCUGCUGCACCCGCAGCUAGCUGCCUGCAAGCUCGGUGUGCCCUCCGCCUCCUUCUCGACGUACCCGGGUCCCGGGACGCCCAUGCACCUUUCCGAGAUCCCGGAGGGAGAGCGGCAGGCUGUGGACGAUAAGCUUGCACAGCAUCCCGGGAUGCAGGAGGUCAACGAAGUCGCUCAGCGUCUCUUCGGCGUGGAUGUAUGUGGGUCACAGCUGCAAUGCCGCUUCUACAACCGCCAGCUGAAUAUCGUGUUUUCAGUGCCGCAGCUGCAGGGCAAGGUGCCAGAGUACCAGCAGUCCCUCAUCGAUGACUCGACAUUCCUCUGGGCCGGCGGCACCGAUGAUUUGAAAGCUCGCACUGCCCAGCGUGUAUAUGCUCCACGGCAGGUUGAGCCAGCUCCUGCGGAGUCUGAAUGUCCCUGGGACGUGCCUUCUGGUGUCAAGGUGGUCAUUGUCUCCUUGGGCAGUCUGACCGUGGACAUGCGCUGGGACAGUGCGGAACAUGUGUCAUCAAAGGGGAGGUUCACCGGACGUCAGGUGAGCCAGCGUCUUUGGAGUGAACUGAUCGAACGCUUUGGCGAUCGACAGGACAUCCGAUUCGUCUUGAGCAUCGGGCCGCGAGAAGAUGCUCGAAACGUGCUCGGAGAUCUGCCAUCGAACUUUGUAGCCCUGGAGUACAUCGAUCAAGUUGAAGCCUUGAGGCAUGCAGACGUCUUCGUGACACAUGGUGGUUGCAACAGUGUCAAGGAGGGGGCCUUGCUGGGGGUUCCGAUGAUUGUGGUGCCCUUCUGUGUGGACCAGCCUUCGAACGGACAGGCCAUUGAGCGGGCCGGGGCUGGCACAUGCUUCCCAGAUCCCUUGGCGACUCCGAGAGGCGCCAUCGCAGACGCCUUGCAGGCGGCCCUCUUCGACCGAGCCCCGGAGCUGCGGCGGGCCACCCAGCAGCUGGGGCAGGCACUGCGGCAGGCGGGCGGCGCACCUGCUGUUGCCAAGGCCUGCCUAAACCUUCUUCGGCCGCUGGCGCCAGAAGGGCCAGCAGUUGGCGGAGCGUGA